AUCGCCUUCCUCCCUGCGUCUCCUCCGCCCUUCCUCGCCCCGGCUUCCCCUUCCCACUCGCUGGUGGCACCCCCAGAAUUCAGGAGUCUUCCCGACCGCCCUGCCCGUGCUGGGCGCCUCGGGCCUCUUCAGGGCUGCCUGCCCCCACUAGCCAGCUCCCAGGUGAAGAGACUUUCAGCCUCCAGGCGCAAGCAACAUUUCAUCAACCAGGCUGUGCGGAAUUCAGACCUUGUGCCCAAAGCCAAGGGGCGGAAAAGCCUACAGCGCUUGGAGAACACUCAGUACCUCCUGACCUUGAUGGAAGCAGAUGGAGGUCCACCAGGUCUGGAGGAUGGGGACCUGACCCUCCCUGCAGCCCCGGGCAUCUUUGCAGAGGCCUGCAACAAUGCCACCUAUGUGGAGGUCUGGAAUGACUUCAUGAACCGCUCAGGGGAGGAGCAGGAGCGCGUGCUCCGCUACCUGGAGAAUGAGGGCCAGAGCAAGCCCAGGAGGAGGGGCCCGGGCCGCGGGGAGGACCGGCGUCGAGAGGACCCAGCAUACACACCCCACGAGUGCUUCCAGCGCAUCAGCCGCAGGCUGAGAUCCGUACUGAAGCGGAGCCGCAGCCGCAUCCCCAUGGAAACACUGGAGAGCUGGGAGGAGCGGCUGUUGCGGUUCUUCUCUGUGUCCCCCCAGGCUGUGUACACGGCCAUGCUGGACAAUAGCUUUGAGAGGCUCCUGCUCCACGCCGUCUGCCAGUACAUGGACCUCAUCUCAGCCAGUGCUGACCUGGAGGGCCGGCGACAGAUGAAGGUCAGCAACCGGCACCUGGACUUCCUGCCGCCAGGGCUGCUCCUGUCUGCCUACCUGGAGCAGCAAUGAUGACAGCUCCCCGGUGCCCUGUCUGCUGCCGCGCGGGGCCCCCAACCUCUACCAUCUGCUCCCAUCUUUGAUCUUUUUAAAAUUUGUCCUUGGAAACCUGUUCUUCCCCUGGGUGGGUCCUUACCCUGGUCCCCUCCGUGCCCAGCUCUCACAGAUCAAUCCUGGCAGCUGGGACUGCCCAGACUGUCCUUGUAUAUAGCUUCCCACUCCUGGACUUGUAUUUGGGUGGGGAGACCUGACCUGGGCAUGUUUCUUUAUUCAUUGUUUAGCUUUUUUUUUUUGGGUGUAGCUCAGGUGAGGAGGGAAAAGUCUAGGGGGGUUUAAUCGCUUUUAAUGUAUUUGGCAUGAUUUGUUGUAGAUUUUUUAAAUUUCCCCUUUGAAGAGGAAAAAAAAACCAAAACCCCACAAAUAACCCCAAAACUUGCCCUGGCUGGUAAAGCAUGGGGCUUCAUGACAGCUUUUGCUUGAUCCCUCCCAAUUUUUACCUCUGAUGGGAGGGGGUGUCCUUUGGGACUCAGCCCCUUGUCCCAAAAGCAUUUUGUCUUGUGCAUGUAUGUGUAUGUAUGUGUGUGUGUGUGUGUAUGUGUGCACGCACAUGCGUGGGUCCUCUACGCAGGACAAGCUUCAUCUCAAGGGCUGGUUUUAUGCUUUUAGUUAUGCGUGUCUUGUGGUCCCCCCUCCCCCAGCCUGCUCUCCACUUGACCCUCUUCUCUCCCUCCCCUCCCCCUUCUAUUCCCUCCCUUUAUACUGGGGAUCCAGGACUUCCAGCCAGAAGCCUCUGACCUCUGUUACCCCAUCCCUUGUGCCCCCAGCCUGGCUCUGAUUGCCCUGCCAGGAGCUGUGGGGCGGGGAGGGGGGUCCUGUAUGGAGAACAGGCCUGCUUGGUGUGCUUGGGGGAUGGGAAGUGUUUUAAUAAAUUCCUGGUGCUCUGGCA